AAUAUGGACCGAUUGGACUAGUUGCAAUACAACAAACAGUAAGAAGGCAUUUGUCGUGCAGAUGGAGACAUCAUUAACUGAAAUUGAAAGUCCACCUGGACAGACGUUUACAGGUGAAACUGACAAUACAACUGACGUAUCAAAUAAGCGAAGACGUAAACUACAAAACGGCGUCAUUCGUAUGGCUGGCUUUUUCUUCUGGGCAAAUAUCGUUGCUUUGUUUUCGUUGACUAUCGGAUGUUUUGCUCCUGGCUGGCUAACGGUUGACAAUAAUGACUAUUCCCUAUGGCACAUCACCAGGUGCGACACCAUAUCCUUGAAUGAUAGGGAAAUUUAUCGGAAGGAUAAACUAAGACCAUGUGAAACGCUGUCUUAUCGCUUAAUAGAGGCAAUGCCAGUUGGCACCGAUAUACACACUGUUCUUAGUUACAUGGAUUUCGUCCAAGCAGAGGUGUUGUACUGUGUUGGAAUGAUGUUGUCCUUUGUUACAUUGUGCGGAUGGUACAAGUUUCGUAGGAAUGUUGCGAGAGACAAAUGCGUUGAUUUAAUCAUAAGGAAGUGGGUCUUUCUUUUCAUUUUAGCGGCUUUAUCAGCCGUCUUAAUCUUUGUGCCAGUUGGUAUGUUCAGCAGGGAAAGAUCGUCCUUCGUAUCGUUGUUCUCUGGCAUAGUGUUUGCUGGAUUUGGUGGGGCGAUAAUGGCAUUGGUUGCAACGUCCAUACUUCUUCAUCUGUUAUGCCUACCAUUUCCUGGUUGUGACAUUUGUCUUUAUACCAGCUCGGAUGAGCCUUUAGUACAAGCUUCUACGAACGUUUGACAUUGUUCUGAUGAAAGACCAUGUGUAAACUAUAUAAUUACAUAAUUGCUGCAUAGAAAAGUUAGCGAACUGUUGGGACAUAGAGAACAUUUAUGUACAAUCUUACGUGAGAUCGCUUAGUUGUUUUUUUAAAUGUUGUAAUCAUUGAAAUGAUAGCUUUUGUUACUUAGUUUAUUUUUUGUUAACUACAGUGUAAUUUUCGUACAUUCAUUUCUGUAAACUACAUCUUGUGUGGUGGACGGAUAGCUCAGUGGUUUGUACACUGGCCUUCCAAUCCUGAGGUCGGGGGUUCGAUCCCCGGCAGCUACUCGGGAAUUUUCAGAAACGCUUUUAGGCGUACACUAGAGGUGUACUGGUCAGGAACCCAGGCAAUCCUUGCGUGUAUCAGUGCUAUACACUGGGCACCUUAAAGAACCAGGCUGUCUAUUCGCAACGAGCUAGGCUAAGUUAGCCGGACAAGCCUGUAUCUGAUUUAUGUCAUUUAUCUCUCUGUCGUGGGGGCUUUGUCUCACUCUGUCCCUCUGGUCAGGUCGCUGUGUACUAGUAGAGGAUGAAUAUUGCGCCCUUUCUAUAUGGCUUCAUUUGAACUAUGUAAAGCGCCUUUGAACGUGAAAUUGAUCAUGAAAAGGGCGCUGUAUAAAUCUGGUAUAAUAAUAAUAAUAUAAAUUGUCAUAUAUGGACACGUGUCUUUACUAUGCAUUUAGAAAGUACACCAUGUACACAUUAGUCAACCGUGUUAUGGAAAUGAAAACUACACGAACACGAUCAUUUUACUCAGUUGGCCUUGUUUUAUCAAAUUUCUUCUGAUGUUAAUAUUCGCAUGAAGCAGAGGUAAAAGACGUAAAUAUUCAUUGGUUGUCUAUGAGUGGACGCUAAAGAAGAUAUUUUGUGACUCGAAAAGGAUCAUUCUACAAGGGGAACGUACUUGAUAAUCUUACAGUUUGUGAGAUUAAUGAUGGCCAGGUGGUCAAGUUGACUCUUUGUAACGGUUGACAAUUGGGGUCCUUUUUGUAAAAUUGUAUUUGCCGACUUAAAAAUAUAGAUCUUAUUCAGCUUUUUAUGUGUUAUGUUAAUGUGUUUAGCAGAUUAUAUCAGUUCGCUUUGGCGAAAUAAUUAAGAAGGAUUGGUAUAAU